AUGGCGCCCCAAGUGCCACGAGUCUUCCUGCUCCCCAAGAACGACGCCUCCACGCCCUUCACGAUCGUCACCCUCCCGCACCCACGCACCUCAGUCCCCACCCGCUUCCUCCUGCACGGGUCCACCGGCCUGCACGAGAUCACAAAGAUCGUCCCCGCCUCCUCCGCCCCGCGCUCCUGGCUCCUCGCCCCCACCACCGACACCGACACCGACACCAAAACCAAAACCGCCGACACCUGGCUCGGCACCGGCCAAACCCUCUCCGACGCAACCCUCUACCUCACAACCCCCUACGACCCGCUCUUCCUCCUCCUCCCGCUCCUCCUCCCCCCCGUCCCCACGCCCACAAGCACGCUCUACCAGCCGCUCGACGACCUCCUCGACGCCCUCGCAGAGUCGGAGGCCGGGGCAGAGGAGGGCGCAGAGUACCAUUGGGCAGCGGUCCUGGCGGCGCCGCGCUGCAGAGCCGUCCUUGAGGCGCGGGUCAAGGCCAUCAGCGAGACCACUACCCCCGCCACCGGCGCGUACCGCCCCGCGCUCGCCCGUGCCAUGGCGGUGCUGGCGAAGAAGUGCGAAGCCAUGGCAGCCCCGGCGUUGCCGGGGAGCAUGGAGGCGGCGGCGGUGGGCCGGGCGUUGUCGGCGGGGGGCGCGAUGGGCGUGGAGGGCGUUGUCGCGGGCGUCGAGAGGCUGGGUGUCUCUGCUGACAAGGAUGCAGCGGACGCAGCGGAGGACGAGCGGCUGCGGCGGCUGCUGCGGCUGCGGACGGCGGCUGAGUUCCUGGGGGGCGCGUAUCUGGCGGCGCAUCAUGCGGAGGCGCUGAUGGUGUUUUUGGCGGGUCGGUGGGAUUUUGGGGCGGUGGAGGUGCGGGUGGGGGAGGUGCGGGCGGCGAGGAAUGAGGUUGCGGUGUUGAGGAGUGGGGAUUUCGCUAUUGGGGGUGGGAGGGGGGGUGGCGGUGGGGGUGGGGGUGGGGAGAAGAAGCGGAGGAAGAAGAAGGAGGAGGAGGAGGAGGAGCGGAAGAAGAGGGCGCCGGCGGCGAGUAAGGCUGUUAGGGAUCUGGGGAAGGUGAAUACGAGGGGGAUGGCGAAGAUGACGAGCUUUUUUAAGAAGAAGGAGACGUAG